AUGACCAACACAGUGAGUGUCCCUGACAAGGGACCGACAUUCAUGGCCGUGACUGGCGUUCUGUCAGGCAUAGCGUUUGUCCUCGUUAUCUACAGACUUAUACACGGCUGGACCUUCCGAAAGGCCAUCUACACAGAUGAUAUACUUAUCGCUUGCUCUAUGACCGUACAAAUUAUUACCACAAUAGUUGGAGAUCUAGCAAAUUCCCAUGGCUUUGGUCGGCACAAAACAGAUAUUGCAAAAUCCGGAGGGAAUCUGGUGGUAGCUUUGAAGUAUUUCUGGCUCUUCCAAGUCUUCUACAAGCUGGUGCUAUGUCUGACCAAACUGUCUUUCCUUACAUUCUAUCUCCGCAUAUUUCCUAGCCAGAAAUUCCACCGCAUCUGCCACUUGACCAUGGGUGUCAUCAUUGGCGGCGUUUUCGGGUUCGUCAUCGCCACUAUCUUCCAAUGCGUCCCUGUGGCAGGCUCCUGGGAGAAGACGCUACCAGCAAAAUGCAUCAACAACGCCUGGUUCCGCUGGUGGUGGGCAGGCUACAAUACCGCAUCCGACAUCUGGAUCUGUCUUCUACCGAUGCCCGUUCUUGCGCGUCUACAACUGGACACUGUGCGCAAGGUCGGUGUUAUGCUCAUGUUCGCCCUCGGUCUUUUCGUCUGCAUAACGAGUAUUGUUCGCAUUACUGCCCUCGUACAAAGUGUCGCCACGACCGAUCCAACCUGGGGCUCAUGGGAUGCUUUACUCUGGAGUGCUAUUGAAGCCAGCACAGGCAUUAUCUGCGCCUGUCUACCAUUUUUGAAGCACCCCCUCAAACAGUUGUUCCCCAAACUCUUCUCCUCCUUCGAUAGCAAAGUCAACCGCAGUCGGCCAACAUACAAACUCAGUGCUCUGUCAAACAGGGGUUACCGAACUCAUCCCAACGGGGAAUGGCAGAACCUGGAGUCGUCCAAGGUUAGCAUAGGCAGCAUUGAUGCAGGUAGUGAGGACGUGAUUGUGCCUGGUCAUAUUAUGAUGAAGACAGAUAUCUCGCUCAAGACGGAACGUGUGAACGAGUCUCAUUAUCCUUAG